AUGGAGCUACCAGAGGAUGCUCUAUCAGAAAACCUGUACGCAUUCGCAUUGGCAAGCACACAAAUAAAGGAAUACUGUAAUCUAUGUUUGACGAAUACAACUAGGCUCAAAAAGUGCGCAGGUUGUAACGAAUUUUUCUACUGUUCACAAGAAUGUCAGAAGAAUGACUGGAAGGUUCACAAGCCCGAGUGUAAAUCUAUUCAGGAACACGGUACUCUUGCCAGUGACUCGAUGCGACUCGCUAUGAGAAUCAUUGUUCUUCUCGGCAAGAAAAAUUUCGGGCACGUCACAGCGAGCUAUAUAUCAACUGGAAGUCGAAGUUUCUUGACCCUAGUGGACCAUGGAUCCUUUCUAGACUCGGGGGCCGAGACAUUCUAUCAAGAAUAUUUGAAUUACGCUUUACCUCCUCAUCCUGAACCAGAUGUCGUAAAAUCAGUUUUCAAAAAGAUCUCUAUCAAUGGCUUCUCGGUUUCGAAUUCAAUGGGAUCCGCGAUAGGACAUGGUCUAUGUAUAAAGUUGAGUGCAGCAAAUCAUUCAUGUAAACCAUUGACCAGAGUGUGCUAUAGAAACCGUACCGCCAUGCUAGUUCCCAUAGACCCCUAUAAACCUCCAACAUCAUUAGAAGGCGCCUGCCAUUCCUACAUAGAUGAAUUACAAUCUGUGUCUGCAAGGCAAUCGGAAUUGAAGAAAAAGUACAACUUCAUUUGCAUUUGCGAAGGAUGUAUGGAUGAUGAACGAAACGAAAGUAUGGAAGCUUGGGCAUGCGGUGACUGUGCCAACGGAAAAGUCCCCAAUGUUGAAGAUGGAAGAUGUGCAUCGUGUUCAUGGAAAAUGACAAGAGAUCAUUAUGAAUUGUGUAGAACAGCGGAGGAAUCUGCGAUAGCUGCUAAACCGAAAAUAGAAAACGAAUCGAUAUCUCUGGAAACGCGAAAAGCUCUUUGCGAAAAACUCAUGGAACUCUUUGAUGAUACUCUGCACGAAUUUAAUGUUCAUCGAGUUGUACCUCAACGAUUACUAUUCUUCGCUUCACUGGCAGUUCAAGAUGUAAAUGGGGCUUCAAAACAUGGGAAAGCAUUGUUAGCUAUGAUGAUGAGAUACCAAGGAAAACAUGAUCCGAUCGUGAUGCUCAAGAAGUGGCAGAUUGCUCAAAUUUGUCAUGCCAACGGAGAAUACAAUAAAGUCGUGAAGCUUCUCGAAGAGAUAAAAGAACCUCUCAAAAAGAUCUACACUGCGGGUGCUCCGAUUUCUGUUAACAUAAGACGGUUGAUGGAGAUGGCUCGCAGCGAGCUUCAAAAAUCGAGAUAG